GAAACGGUGGCGCCGGCUGCGGGAAAAUGGCUGCUCGGCCGCGGAGGCGUAUCUCUGGAAUUGCAAAGCAGCCACAGGGUGACUUCUGUGAUGGGGCUAAGAAAGCGACUGAUGAACCUUCUUUUGCGACUUCCAUGGAGUGGGACACGCAGGUGGUGAAAGGGUCUUCGCCGGUCGGCCCCACAGGGCUGGGGUUGGAGAAGCUGCCGUCCCGCCCGCGGCUGCCGAGAUGGCUGCAGCCCGAGAGGUGCGCCGUGUUCCAGUGCGCGCAGUGCCACGCCGUGCUCGCUGACUCUGUGCACCUCGCCUGGGACCUGUCGCGGUCCCUCGGGGCCGUGGUCUUCUCCAGAGUCACAAAUAAUGUAGUUUUGGAGGCUCCGUUCCUAGUUGGCAUUGAAGGUUCGCUCAAAGGCAGCACUUACAACCUUUUAUUCUGUAGUUCCUGUGAGAGUCCCAUUGGUUUCCACCUAUAUUCUACCCAUGCUGCCCUGGCUGCCUUGAGAGGCCACUUCUGCCUUUCCAGUGACAAAAUGGUGUGCUACCUCUUAAAAACAAAAGCCAUAGUAAAUGCAUCUGAGGUGGAUAUCCACAUCGUCCCUCUACCAGAAAAGGUUGCAGAGCUGAAAGAGAAGAUAAUGUUAACACAUACUCGCUUAAAUUCACUCAUGAAAAUUCUGAAGGAAGUGCCUCCUGACCAGUCCAAGCUAACAAACUAAUUCAGAAUCAGAGGUUGAGUAUCAGAGGCAGGCCUUAUUGCUGUCUUCAACAACAGGUGCUGUUUGAUCACUUCUCAAGAAACAUCAACUUCAAGAAUGGAUAAGAAAUGUGGUUUAUUAUGUUUACCUCUAGACUGAUUUUCCAAGUGAUUUGUGAAGCUGUUUCUGCUACGUCACUUCAGUCGUGUCUGACUCUGUGCGACCCCAUAGACGGAAGCCCACCAAGCUCCCCUGUCCCUGGGAUUCUCAAGGCACGAACACUGGAGUGGGUUGCCAUUUCCUUCUCCAAUG